CUCCCGGCAACGAUGACAGUACUUCCCCAACGUCCGCUCAAAGGCUCCAGAAUAUCCACUUUCUACCCUGUAAAAAGUCUUCCACCACUUUCGUCCCUCGACAGCGCCUUUCAAUUGCAGGAAUAUAUUUCCCUCCUCAUUCGUCUCGAUAUUCAUGACGUUGAUGCUAUAGUGUCAGUCCCCGACAAAGCAGGGAAGGACGGUGGUGGGGAUGACAGUUCAGAGGCUCCGGCGGAUGCAGAGGGUGCCGCCAAGAGCGAUUUUGCCGUUGACGAGGCGUGUUGGAUUUACGAACAACUACGACGACUUGCUCAGGAUCUAUCUCACCCACUUAUCACUAUGCUUCAGCAGGAAUGCACACGGGCGUCAUGUCCGGAGAUGAAGGCUGGAGAAUGGCUGUACCUCUGUGUGGCCCAUGGUAAUGACGGCUCUAUGGAGCAAUGUUGUGCUAUCGACUACAUCCUUCAUACUGUUGACAGUGCAACUGCUCUUCUUAACUCUCCUCGCGCAUUCCCAUCAAGACUAUCCAUCCCCCAAUCCUCUCAUCGCCACUUCAGCUCCCUAGCCCGCCGUCUCGGCCGCAUCUUUGCCCACGCCUACUUCCACCAUCGCGAAAUCUUCGAACAAGCCGAGGCCGAAUCUUCCCUCUACGCCCGAUUCCUCGCACUCACGUCCAAAUUCGAGCUUGUCCCCCCGGAAUUCCUCGUCAUCCCACCCCGUCUAUCCCGAGAGGACUCAAACAACGACGUCGAGCCCCCGCGCUUACUUGGCGCCGCCGUCGAGCCUCAGCUUCAUAAUACUGGUGGCGCCAGUAGCGAAGAGGGCGGGGAUUCGUCCUUUGAAGAACGAGGAAGGGAGAUUGCUGGACUCGCCAGAUCAUACGACUCCCAAAGUCUGCAGGAGCAGCCACAGUCCACGGACUCAAACGUACAAAGAAAUCCAAGUCCGUGGAAGGGGCGAAAUAGAACCGAUACCAUGGUCUACAGCGAGGCCUUUUCCGUCGCCGAAGAGCUCGCAAAAGCCAACGAAGAAGAAUCUUACCCCCAAGCUCAAUCACCGCUAGAUGUAUCAGCUCCCUCUGACGAACUUGCCGCAGAGGUCGACGAUGAUCCCGUUGAUGCGAAUACAGCCAUAGAGGAUGCUCCAUCUGAGAUCGACCCGGACCUCGUCGACGGUGUUCCCGUCUCGUCAUCCGGAGAGCCAACAGAAAUGGACAUUCCGCAUAUCCCUUCUGCACAGACAACGGAGCACGACCUUACGGAUAGUCUGGUCCAGGCGGCCGAGCCAUCGUUGGAAGAUACGGACGAGUUUUCGGGAAUUGAUCCGGCGUUGGCGAGGGAGCAACAGGUCACCGGGGCAGAGGAGGAAGCCGCAGCUGAUGCCCCGACCGUGGCUGAAGGAACGGAAGAUGCGACAGAGGCUGAAGACAAAGAUGAGGGUCUCGUCGAGGAAGAACGCGAGGAGAAGGAGACCGCCGAGAGUGUCGCUAACGAUGGAGACAUUUCCACCGCAGAAGUGGAGGCUGCGCUUGUUCCGACGCAAGAUGAAACUGAGCCGCCAUCUGUCGCGUCUGAUAAUGCGGAAGAGUCGAAGGAGGAGAGCGAGGCUGCUCCUCCUGCAGAGGAGGUGCUUGAAGAGCUCAAGGUUGAGGAGAAGGAUGUUAGCGAGGCAAAUGAGGUGAAGGCUGAGGAGGAAAAGGAGGGUGAGACGACUCCUGAGAGCGAUUCUUGAGGUCUGUCGUCCUGAGCUCCUUCAUUGAUGUAUGUUUGUGGUAUUGUUUUUUGCUUUGCGUUGUGGAAUCUGGAUUCCC